UGUGCUUACGUUUAAUCCAUGGACAGCCCGGUCUUGUAUUCUUGUGCAAAUGCACUGCCUAAUUGGCCAGACCAUGCAUGCACUAGUAAUACUGACCUUAAUUAACUUCAAAGAUUUAGUAGCUAGCUAGAUGACCAUCCUGGCAUAUGAGUAUGUGCAGCAACACGUUGUGCUGGCAGCCGUUUCAUUUCAUUUCACAUGUGCCUAUAUCACUAUCCCCUUGAAGCCCAGAAAUCCAUUGCGUGCCAACUCAAAUCCUAGGCAGUCUCAUCCUCCCAUGAAGAAGCAAGCUGCAGCUGCACGAUGCAACGCCCUUUUUGUUGACAGAUUUGAGAAGAUAAUGAUGUAUCCCCUGGUUGCGUCGUUGGAAUACAUUUUUUGUUUCGGGGGCUGGACUGCAUCAUGCGUGGUGUUCUUCCACUUGAUCGUGUCAUUUUACGGCACAGAAAUGACGGAAAACCUGUGUUCUUGCGAUGGGAUGACGGCCGAGGAGGCCGCCGCCAUGCGCGGCGUCGAGGCGUGCAUGCUGCUGAGCUGCGCGGCGCAGAUGGCCGCGGCGGCGGCGGCCAUGGCACUGACGACGGCGACGGCGACGUGGGGGCGGCGGUCACGGCGCGCGCGCGCCGUCCGCCGCGCGUCGGCGUCGGUGGCACUGGCGGUGGCCGGCCUCACCCUGUGGCUGUGGUGCGUCUACCUCCGGUUCCUGCCGGGGCUCCGGUGCUUCCGCUGCUUCGGCGUGCUCAGGAGGGUCGCCGUCGCCGCCGUGGCCCUGGGAUUCGCCACGCCGGUGUUCGCCUUCGUCGCGCUGGGCUCGCACGCCGUCGUCCGCGGAGACGAAGCCGAGUGGGACGAGUGACGUCUACUGAUCGAUCGAUCGAUCAGUGAGUGUUUGGUGCGUGUGGUUUCUUGGGAGAUCAUGUUAGUGGGGACUAAUUAAUUAAUGCGGUGAUGUGGAGCUGAUUAGUUUCAUGCCGAUUUUGGUUUUUGGAGUUCGGUCUUUCUCAGCAAGAGUGUUUACUGAUCGCCAACCAGCUGUCUAGCGUGAAAGACAUACAUGAAUGAAGUAUAGUUAACUUGGUACCAAACUA